GCGUCGUUUUCCGACGGCCGCCAUCUUGUACUUACAAAGAGAUCGUGUGGUCCAAUUCGGGUCCGACUGUUAUUACUUUCGGCCUCUGAAUCGCGAGUCGGCGACAUGGUGCUCCGAUGUGCGUGGGGAAUGUGUAAUGGAGACGAGCGCUAUCCAGAGAGACUGCUGGGAGGACAUCUGGUGCGCUUUCCCACCCCGAAACGGAAUUUAGAGAAAUGCAUGCGGUGGAUUAAGGCUUGUGGCCGACCUCACGAGCAGCUCAACGUGUCCAAGAUAAAUAAGCACAAAGCCAUCUGUUCGAAGCAUUUUGUGGGAGGACAUGGCCCGACGGAGCUAUUUCCCGACCCAGUUCCGGCAGACGCUUCCAAACCGAGGCCGCCGAGGCUGCUGCCCCGGAAACGGUCUUGUCCCGAUCGCGCAGACGUUAGCUCGGAGAAGAAGGCAAAAACGUUUCUCCAGACCGAAAAAAUAACCAUAGCGAAUGUAUUGCCAACUGCAGUACAUGAAGUACCAUCACAAGCUACACGGGCAGAAGAACCAUCGAACGUCUGCAUGGAGCGGCCGCGCGACUUCGAGGCGGACGCCGCCGAAACUUUCCGCUCGCAGGCGGCGCUCAUCUUGGAGCUGGCGGUGGAGGCGGCCGUCGGGAUCCUUCACCGGAGCCUCGCUGGCGAGCAGGGCCGUGCGGCCUGCGGCGUCGAUGUGAAGCCUAAGCUAACGGCCACCUUGAACGUGGCCGCAAAGGAGGCCGUCCGGCAGAUAUGCAGCGUCUUCGGUCAGCUGCUCGCCAGCCUGGUCAAGGAGAACGAGACCUUGCGGGACAAAGUGGGCCAACUGGAGGCCGAGAAAACCAAAACAGACGCCAAGCGGCCAGCCGCCAUCCCCGCGAGCCUCGCCGCGUCCAUCAUCAACACGGCCAAAGCGUCUUCCGCCGCGGCGAGCGGCGACGAAUGGGAUACGGCCCGGGUUCCGCGGAUCAUCAUCGGGCCGCGGCUUCACGCCGCGCUGAGGGUCCCGAGCGGCCCUGCGGCGACGCCGCCUGACAACGACUUGAGGCGAGACGCAGAGAGCGAAGCCUCUUGCGCGACGUCACUUCCUGCGCCAGCGGAGGAGCCGCCGGAGCCCGAGGUCCUGCCGGCGGCCACGGAGGAGACGUCGGAACCUGCAACGGACGUUGAGAGGACAGCACAAACUGUUGAAGUGAAAACAAAAGAGAAGAUGGCGGCCCCCGCCCAACUCGCCGAGAGCGCGGAAGACCCGAAGGAGCAAGAGAACAAGCGUCGGCGGGAGCUGUACAAGAACAAGCGCUUCUUCUGCGAGCUGUGCAACAAAGGCUACCACCAGCAGCACCAGCUGAGGAAGCACAUGUCGCGCCACGCCAAGCCCUUCCCCUGCACGCUGUGUGACAAAGGCUUCUACAAGGCCACGACGCUGCACAAGCACCAGCAGGCCCACCGGCUGCGCGAGGCCCAGGACCGAGACCCCGACAAGAUGCUGCCGUGCGAGCAGUGCGGUCGUAAAUUCCGGCUCGGCCGACAACUGCGCGCCCACCAAGCCAUGCACCGGCUGGAGAAAACCCCCCUGCCCUGCGCCACCUGCGGGCGGACCUUCACCUCCGCGGCCGUGCUGCGUUACCACCAGGUCUCCCACGCCGAAGUCAAGCCGUUCAUGUGCGACGUGUGCGGGAAAGGCUUCCAGAGGAAGCGGAGCCUGCGCGAACACCAGACGGUCCACACGGGGGCGCGGCCGUACCCCUGCCAGACGUGCGGAAAACGCUUCUCCACCUCCGGCAACCUGCGGGUCCACAAGCGUUCGCACUCGGACGAGCGGCCGUUCAAGUGCGGCGAGUGCGACAAGACCUUCAAGUGCCGCAUGGGGCUGCUCCAGCACCGCGUGGUCCACUCGGGGGAGAAGCCCUUCGUCUGUCAGACCUGCGGACUGAGCUUCGGGCUCAAGUACAACUUCCAGAGACACCUGCGCCUCCACAGCGGAGAAAAACCCUUCAAGUGCGAGAAGUGCGGCGAAGGUUUCUCCGGCACGUGGGCCCUGAAGACGCACAUGCUGGUGCACGGCGCGGAGAAGCCCUUCAUGUGCGACCUGUGCGGCAAGACCUUCUUCUACAACUGCCAGCUGCAGAAGCACCAGCUGCUGGUCCACUUGAACAAGGAGCGCGCCAAGGCCGGCGCCGCGUCCGCCGGCAGCAAGAGGCGCCGGCGGCUCUCGUCCGGCACGAAGGGCUUCAUCUGCAAGAGUUGCGGCAAGGGCUUCAGCAGCGUCAGCACGCUUCGCACGCACGAAAAGAGCCACGCCGAGCACAAGGAGUUUGUCUGCGAGACCUGCGGGAAGUCGUUCCACCUGCGCCACCUGUACAUCUACCACACGCGGCAGCACAGCGGCGACCGGCCGUACGUCUGCGCCGUGUGCCAGAAGGCCUUCCUGCUGCAGUCGCAGCUGCGCCAGCACGAGCUGCUGCACACGGGCGUCAAGCCGCACCAGUGCCAGCAGUGCGGUAAAGCCUUCCGGACGCCGCAGAACUACCACCGGCAUCUGCUCGUGCACACGGGCGAGAAGCCCUACGAGUGCGACGCCUGCGGACGCAGGUUCCGCCAGUCCAACCAGCUCAAGUCGCACAUGCAGAUCCACACGGGCGUCAAGCUGUACCCGUGCCAGGCCUGCGGCCGCGGCUUCUCCGACUCCAGGCAGCUCAAGAAGCACCGCUGCGGGGACGCCGUCAACGGCUCGCUCGAGUCGGACGGCAAAGGCAAGAACGAGAAGAGCUCGGUGUUCGCGUGGACCGAUGGUUUCGUCAACGAGUGAUUGCUUGUCCACAACAGAGACAUCAGAGAAGAGGCCAACACGCCUCCGGUCCAAAUGACUUGCAGCUUCAAGCCUGACAAAUCUUUGGACUGAGCUUUUUUUUUUUGAUACAGAAACCUAAUUAGACGUGGUUAGCUUAGCAUCAGUCAGCAAAGGAACACAAACUAGUUUGAAGGACGGAGCUGGGGGAGGGAGGGGGAGGGGCACGGCUUCUUCCUGUCCAGUCCAGUUUUCCAAGAAUUCCAGUUUUAAAGGCAAAGUGGUUCCGGGGUUGCCUAUUUCUUUUAUCUUAGUAUCAGUAAGAAAGGCAAAAUAAUAAUAAUAAUUAAAGGGAGAGUGUAGUUAUCUUUGAAUCAAUCUGAAAAAUGUUGCACUCCUCCAGGCCCGACUGGUUGUUCCAAAGCAUUGCGUUUUAAGCAAACCUACCGUAAAAAGAAAUGCAAAUGUGCUUUUGAAUUAUUAUUUUUCUUUCAUUAUGUCCAUGUAAAAUCUCAAUUAUCCAGCUCGUGAUAAUCCUGCAGACGUAGAAUUGAGUAAACUGGUCUCUUCUUGGUUGG